GUGGGAGUGAGGGCAAAAAAAAAAAAAAUCAGGACAAGAACGACAUCAAACCUCGCAGGAGACGGAACGAAAAGACCUCUCCUUUUACCUCCACCUUUCACCCCAGCUGAGGCUACCAGGGGCGCGCCCUUGUCAAAGACCAUCGGCCACUUCAAACGGGAACUUUUUGGCGUGAAGCUUCAAGGACGACGGAGCAUCUUUUCUACACAAAUACAGGAAACAGCUGAAGCUUUUGCUUUUUUUUUUUUUUUUCCCAGCAGAGGAAAUAAAGCCCUCACGCAUCCAACAAGCUCCUUCUCUCACUCUAUCUCGCAGAAAUGUCGCGCUGGGGGCGUAAGAACGUGAAGAAGGCUCCGGAGGUGAUCCGCACGGUGACGGAGGGCCUCAAGUCGCUGUACCGCAAAAAACUACUGCCGCUAGAACAGUACUAUGGCUUCCACGACUUCCACUCGCUCAGCCUGGAGGACGCAGAUUUUGACAACAAACCCAUGGUGCUCGUGGUGGGACAGUAUUCCACUGGGAAGACCACCUUCAUUAAGUACCUACUGGAACAGGAGAUUCCUGGCAGCCGGGUGGGACCCGAACCCACCACCGACUGCUUCACCGCCAUCAUGCACGGCGAAGUAGAGAGCGUCAUACCUGGGAACGCCCUCAUUGUGGACCCAAACAAGCCUUUCCGAAAGCUCAACCCUUUCGGGAACACCUUCCUCAACAGAUUCCAGUGCGCCCAGAUGUCCAAUCAGGUGUUGGAGAGCAUCAGCAUCAUCGACACCCCUGGAAUCUUGUCUGGAGCUAAGCAGAGAGUCAGCCGAGGCUACGACUUUCCCGCCGUGUUGCGCUGGUUCGCCGAGCGCGUGGACCGCAUCAUCCUCCUCUUCGACGCCCACAAACUGGAGAUCUCGGACGAGUUCUCGGAGGCCAUCGGCGCGCUGAAGGGCAACGAAGACAAGCUGCGGGUGGUCCUCAACAAGGCCGACAUGGUGGGGACCCAGCAGCUCAUGAGGGUCUACGGCGCCCUCAUGUGGUCUCUGGGCAAGGUUUUCGGCACCCCCGAGGUUCUCAGGGUCUACAUCGGUUCCUUCUGGUCCGAACCGCUGAUGGUGACGGACAACCGCAAGCUGUUCGAGCUGGAGGAGGAGGACCUCUUCGCCGAUAUCCAGAAUCUUCCUCGGCAUGCGGCGCUGCGCAAGCUAAAUGACCUGGUCAAGAGGGCGCGCCUGGUUCGGGUGCACGCUCACAUCAUCAGCUACCUGAAGCAAGAGAUGCCGUCCGUUUUUAGGAAGGACAAUAAGAAAAAGAACCUCAUCUAUCAAUUGCCCGUCAUCUUCUCUAAGAUUCAACUGCAGCAUAACAUUUCUGCCGGAGACUUCCCAGACUGUGCCAAGAUGCAGGAGCAACUGAUGGUUCACGACUUCACCAAGUUCAAAACCCUGAAGCCCAACCUGAUGGCGGCCCUGGACGAGCUCCUGUCCGUGGACAUCGCCAAGCUGAUGCCGCUCCUGCGCCAGGAAGAGCUGGAGGCCGGCGAUCAGCCCGGCGUGCAGGGCGGCGCCUUCCUGGGCAGCCGCGCCGGCCCCUUCGGCGAGGGCGACCCCUUCAGGGACGAGGAAGAAGAGCCCUGCGACGACGGUGAGGAGGAGCCCGACAAGUGGGUGGUGACCAAGGACAAACCCAAAUACGACGAAAUCUUCCACAACCUGGCGCCCAACGAGGGCAAGCUGAGCGGCACCAAAGCUAAACACUGGAUGGUCAGCUCUCGGCUGCCCAACUCGGUCCUGGGUCGCAUCUGGAAGCUGUCCGACGUGGACCGGGACGGCAUGCUGGACGAGGAGGAGUUUGCCCUGGCCAGCCACCUGAUUGAGGUCAAGCUGGAAGGCCACGGACUGCCCCCGGAGUUGCCCGUCCGCUUGGUGCCGCCCUCCAAACGCAGGCAGAAAGGCUCCGAUGCUUGAACCCGACAACCGUUGACCAAUGAAUGGAUGACUCCCAGCUAUUUUUGGGGGCGUAGGGACGGGUGAAAUCUGUUCCUUUACAAUUCUUGACGCUAAUUACUACUUUCAUAUUAGCUGGUCUUAGGCGGCGUAAUGGAACGCCAACAUGUGGGGGAUUACUGUAAUGCAGGGGUGUCCAAACUUUUUUGUCCAAUUUGAAAAUCCUUCUACUUUCAUUUUUCAAAUAGAGUAUCGGUAUCGGGUACAAAAGAUCGGGUUUUAAAAAUGUAUUUAUUUUUAGGUUUUAACUCAUUGGCUGCCACUGACGCCGAUAGACGUCCAAUCCAUUUUCCAUUGAUGAGUACACACUGGUUAUGUUCGAAAAGGUUUUUUUUCCAUAGUAUUUCACACAUUGCAUGCCCUGUAGUUUUUUUUUUUUUUUUUUAAA